UUUAUCUGUCAUGUCAUGUGGUGUGAGUACGUUUGUAGCUGUGCAGUGUGGCCUGUGUUUAUGUCUCAUGUGAAUCUGAGCAACUUAUGAGUCAGUGUGCAUGUGUGUUCAGUGCCCAGCUCAGAGUCAUAGGAUUGUGCAUGUGUAUAUAUAUAUGUGUGUGUUCAGUGCCCGGCUCAGUCUGAAGCUGACCAGUUCUGCUGCGUUCAAGUUCUAAGGAUUUUAUCAAUUUUUUUAUGUUAAGAUGAAUCUAUGAUCUUAUUCAAGCCUCCGUUUAACCUACAGUAUGAUGAUGUACUUCAGAAAAUCUCUCUCCCUGUUUUCACUCAGAGCAUCAGUAAGGAGCAGUAUGGAGAUGCUCUGGUUGUGUUACUCUACUCCAACUCCUCAGAGUGCACAUCAGCUACUUGCUCUAUUUACUCUCUGUUUCUUCAUUGCUGGGAUCACUGCUGCCCUACUUUUCCACUGGCUCACAAACUUUCUAAAAUAUGAUGUUCAGACAGCAGGGGUCGCAGCUGGUAUCCAUGCUACAGCUGUGUUCAUCCUGUCAUCUCUCAUCCACCCAUUCCGAUGUGUCUUCACGCUGAUCUUCCCAACAUUGGGCACAAGACAGGGCCGUAAACUCCUCAUGUCCACUUCUGUGAUGAUUGUUGUGCUUUACGUCCUACCCAACAUGGCUGGCAACAUUGCAACUCUAACACAUAUUGUGAAAUGUGCAUCAGAAAAGCUUACGCAAAGUCUCCUGAGCAGCUCAGAGCUCAUCAACACCAUAAAGGACAAUAUAGUCAAAAGAGCCGAAGAGAGUGUGGAAGCGACUUUGGUGCACACACUGCGUGAUUUUGAUCACACUACAAAUAUUAAUGUUUCAGAAGUGAAGGAACGGUUGAAUUUCUUGAGUAAACAAGUGCAGGAGGAUUUCUCUGAAUUUAAAAGUCAAGUACAGGAUUUAAAGCUGGUAAUGAGCAGAAUCUUUGCAGCUGUUUUUGUUCUGUGUUUGUUCACAGAGUCUGUCAUUUACCUCCGAUCAUAUUUGACAUCUGUGAGAUUUGACAACACAUAUAUCACAGGUGGGCUGAGGAGCAAAGCAACCAGUAAAGGGAUCACUGUUGAAGCAAAGGAUGUGAAAAAUGGGGUGAACUCCACCAGUUUCAGAAUAACUAAAAGGGAAAUUUGCAGAUGUCUGGCUCCCUCGGUGGUGAUAACUCUAUAUCUAUUGAUGACAAUUUUUCUGAUAGUGCUGGACCACUUCUUAUACUCCUUAGUGAAAUCAGGUGGCCCUUGGAUUUCCAACAUACCAUCCAGCAACGUCAGCAUUAACGUCAACUUCAAGGUUGCAACUACGCUGCACAUCUUUCAGCUUCUUAACUCAGACAGUCUGGUAGAAUUGUUUAACUUCGACAGAUCUUACACAGCCCUCAUUCACUCAGAUCCAAAUGUGUGUGAUGCCCAGCCCAGUAAGCUGAACCCAAGUGCAGUGACAGCGCUGGUGUUCCUGUAUCUGCUCAGCUACACCAUGCUGCUUCUGGAGGUCUAUGCACGACGCCUUCGGAGGAAAGUUGCAGCUUCUUUCUUCCAGCAGCAGGAGGAGAGAAGGAUUGAAUUCCUUAUUCAAAAAAUUCAAGCCAAGCAAAAAACAAGACAAAAUCAAGUUUUCUUUAUAGAAACCAAACACCAGGAUGAAGAUACCAAGAAACAGAUCUCUGGGAUGGCAAGGGAAUAAACUGAUAAAAUCAGUGAUGCAGAAUUCAUCCUAAAUAUGUCUGUGACAUACAGUAUCUGUACAGUCCUGCAUCAUGGAGUCUUUCAGGUUCCUGGGCACUGCAAUCCCCAGAACCUGAAAUUGAAGACCUUUUCAGACUCCAUUGUGAAAAAGGCCCAGCAGAGGUUGUACUUCCUUUGCCAGCUUAGGAAGUUCAACCUGCCACACGAGCUGCUGAUCCAGUUCUUCUCAGCUGUUUUAAGGUCUGUCUUGUGCACUUCUAAAACUGUCCACCAAAAUGGAUCUAAAAAGACUGCACUGGGCAGUCAGAACCACUAAAAGGAUAUUUGGUACACCCCUGCACUCCUCACAUGAUUUAUACAACUCUGGACUGACAUGAUCACACAAGAAAUUGACAUGCUGCUUCCGAAUGUUCAAAUACCCUGAAAUCAACCCCAUUUUGCCUAAUUACUGACAAGUGCCAUUCCCCAUUUCCCAAAUUACUAGCAAGCACCAUCCACUAUCAGACAUUUAUGCAUCAGAUAAAAUGUGUUCACCUUUCCCUGUGGUGCUAGUGUGCGUUUUGCAGGUAAUCUCUUAAACACACGUUCUAGUCUCAUAAAAAACAGCAAGGAAUCACAUUCACUUCGAGACACUGGUUUGGGUCUUGAGGAAACCAAGAAGUAAUCACAUUCACAUUUUCCCUUCAAAAUGAAAUUUUUACUCCAUUGACAGUUAGGUUUAGGGUUGGGGUCUAGGUUAGGGAGUAGGGUUAAUAAAAUAUGCAUUCCUGUGGACUGAACCACAUAAUUUACUACUAAAAAUACUUGUUUUUGUGCCACCCUACAGACAUUUGACUUCAACAACCCUUUCAGCUUUGACCACUGGGGCAGUGGUUUCAAAUUUCAGUAAACACAGACCAAUUUCAGCAGCAGAACUUACAACCUCCUGUUGCCGAAUUUACAGUGUGAUCAGUCUAGAGAAAAAGGGCAUGAAACUUCACAGACUCCACAGGCCACAACCUUUGUACUUCUGCCCUGUGGCGGGUGUUGCAAAGCACUGCAUACCAAAACAUACAUUUAUAUAUACAGCACAGCCAUUAUAGUCUUUUAGCAAUAUUCUUUUAGGCAUGGUAGCUCAGUGGGUAGCACUGUCACCUCACAGCCAUAAAGUCCCUAGUUUGAGUCCCGGGUCACCCAGGGCCUUUCUGUGCGGAGUUUGCAUGUUCUUCGUGUGGGUUUUCUCCAGGUGCUCCGGUUUCCCCCACAAUAAAAAUAAAAAAAAAAAAACAUUAUUUAUAUAUAUUGUACAGUAUUGUAUUAUAUUGUAUAUGUAAACACACAGCACCUGUACACCAUAACAAAUUCCUUGUGUUUGAGCACAUUUGGCCAAAAAAAACUCUUUCUGAUUCUGAUAUCUAUACACAUCUGUACUGCCAUUACAAACAUGCUGUAAAUAUCAGACAUAAAUAAUAAAUGUGUCCUUUAUAUGUACAUAUCUGCAUAUAUCUGCAUUAAUACUUAUUUUUAUUUGGUAAGAGGGUGAGUUGGGGCUGGAUUCAUCAUUAUUGUUGGCUUCAUCUGUGUGUCUGCCACAAAGCAACUGAACAGAAAUUAACAUCAAACAUAAAACAAAACCUUGUUUAAAUGUGAUUUGCAUUUUAUUUGGAAAGGUUUUUGAGAUCUCCAAAGCCCAAUAACAGACAGCAGAACCUGCUUUUGUCAGUUCAAUUACUUUAGGGCAUGACACAACUGUCUGCUUUCUCCACUGGACAAUGGAACAUUCUUUCUUUGGGGACUUAAGAGAAAAAAUUAUUGUCAGUGCCUUUAGAAAGUAUUCAACCUCUUCUUCAAUUGUCUUGUUACAUCUUCAAAUACACACUGAAACAUUUAUUUGACUUGAAUAAAAACAUCAGUUCUCAUUU